CUACCACUGAGCUAUGGACCCUUGUUGCCUGUAUUCGGAUAAUUACAUUCUAUAGGAACGUAUCUCCAGCCACCGUAUUCUUCCCGCCUCUCUUCUACUACUCAGUGCCACUCUCCCGUUUCUAUUCUAACAAUCACACGCACAAAGCACACAGCGAUGGUGUCGCCGCACGGAGUUCAGCUAGCCACCCAUUUAAUCUCCUCCUUCUACGGCGACCUGUGUUCGAAAGUAUGCGAGUGUUUACUCCGCAGAGGAACCCUAACCCUAGCUCAAAUCAUCCGGUUCACGGAGCUCAGCAGAGAAAACGUCAUCAAUUGCUUACGUGUUUUAAUCCACCAAAAUUGCGUCCAAGCCUUCGCCAUCCAGCAAGAAGGUGCUUUUGGUGAGGCGCCGAGAAUUAUAACCCAGUAUAUGGCAUUAUUCGACAAUAUGAUACACAAAAUGAGGGCUCCGAAAUUUAUGCAAAUUGUAUCAGAGGAGCUUGGCAAAGAUUGUCUAGGAAUAUUUCAAGGGUUGAUUCAACAUGGGAGGCUUUCAAUUAAUCAAAUUAUUGAUAGGAAUGAGCAAACAGCAGGUAGUGCUGAUGUUCAUGUUGUGCGAGAAAGCUUCAAUAGACUUCUAAUUGCCCGAUUUAUUGAACGAUGUCCUGCCCCUGAGCCUUUUCUUGCACCACCUGCUGAUGGAGAAACUCCUGCCAAGAAACGGGGUGCCAAGUCAGCCAAGAUUGGUGAAGAACGGCAGACCACAGAGCAGCGUGCUUUGGCAGCUGCUGCCCCCAUGGAUUCGAUGAGAUUCUUAAUGGAAAUGGAUGAUCCCUCCGAGGAAAAGAGUGAGGAAUGCACUAACAGUGUUACAGUUGGGGAGAAGCGCAAGCAAGAUGUUCUGAAAUCAGAUGAAGAUGCAUUGGAUGCCGAUAAAAAGAAAGAAGUGCUUUGGCGUGUUAACUUUGAAGAACUUGUGCGCCGCCUGAGACACAAGGCUUGUGUUUCAUAUGUAAAAAUGCGAAUUAAUGAUGAAGCUGCUAUAGUACUGAGCGCAAUGUUGGAGUUAAGUAGACACUCAGAGACUCGGCAGAAAGCUGAAAAUUCAGCUUACCUAUCCAUAAAUGCUAUAUACGAUGAAGUGAUUAAAAAGGAGGGUGGUCUUGGCAUGGACUUCGAACGUAUCAGAGCUUCGCUCGAACAGCUUGGGUGUCAAUGCCUUGAAACAGGGGUGGAUGAAAAUUAUAGUAUUGAUAUAAAGGGAAUCAUUGAAUCGGCUCAAACUGAAGAAGUGGAGUCUGUUGUAUUGAGAAGAUAUGGGAGGGAGGCCUACAGGAUAUUCAGGUUACUGUCAAAGGCUGGUCGUUUUCUUGAGUCUGAUAAGAUUUCAGAUACUACAUUUGUCGAGAAGAAAGAUACAAUCAAGAUUCUGUACAAGCUUUGGAAGGAUGACUACUUGCACAUGGAGAAAGUUAUGACCAGUGGAGCUAAGCAGUCACUGUUUCUGCUGUGGAGAGUAAACAAGGAGCCCCUUCGUGAACAUGUUCUUGAUGAAAUGUACCACGCCGCUUUAAAUUUGCGACUCAGAAUUGCACAUGAGCAAGAUAAGGGAAAGGAGAUCCUUCAAUUACCUAGAGAGAAGCUCGUUGGGGAGCUGGAAAAAAGAUAUAAGCUAUUGGGGAAAGUCCGGGUCAUUUUGGAAUCUUCCUUGAUGAAUCUCGAUGAGGCUAUAAUGUUAUUUCAUGAUUUCUGAACACAGGGCUUGCACGUUAUUUAUCUCAAUUUUGUAAUAGCACUUUUGAUUUCUUUCAUAUGGACAAGCACUUUAUCAGCGAUAAUCUUGUUGACAA